AUGGAUCUGCGCUUUACGUUUUCACAGAAAUGUUGUUUAUGUACUGGAAAGUUUAAAACUUUUAGCGCAAUUCAAAAGCAAGCGGAACGAAAACACACGAUAGAAGGUGAUCGAGUCUUAAAUGUGGUGUUUUUGGACAACGAGGAGAACGAGGGUUCAGUGCCCGACGUUGGAUUUCUUAACAGGAGAUCGCAAGAUUUUAAAAUAGGAUAUUUAUCGUGGCUGGCAGGACUUACGGAGCAGAUAAACGCUUCCCUUAAUCCUCGUUUACGUGGUAAGUGGCGAAUUUAAACGGCACAAAGACUUAUACCACCUAAGCAUUUUGCACCGCUGUUAAUUUAGAUUUAUGCACUUGAAUAUUCCUCGUUAAAAGCCACUUAAGGUACUACCCAAUCAUCUUUUCAGUUGUGCGUACAGUCUGCACCCUCAAACUUUGCUAUUUUCUUUAGCAUUUAGUCUCUCAGUUUAGUAGCAAAGUACUUUGCGCGUCGUUUAGCCGAUUCUCUCACUGGCACGAGCGCACGUUACUCGAGUUUUGCUCGUCACACACUGAUCCCGGCUACGGGAGAAGAGCGUUGCGUGACGAAACAGAACGACUGUGUGCGAAUGAAUGAAUAAAAUCUUUAUUUUACUUAGAAUGUCAGAUGAUCUCAGAAGGCUUAAACUUACACUUCUCCUGUCAAAAAAAUAUGCUGAAGACCCAAUUUAAUUGUAGCUGGUUUUGUCUACUUUCAUUUCUAGGUGGUUGGGUGACUUUACAAUUCCCACAAGUUCCUGAAAGGUACUUUGGGCACUUAGCUUGUCAAAUUGGAUGCAGGGUGCAUAGCAUGAGGCAGGUACCUCAUAAGAAGCCUCCAUUUUACUGCCCAUCAACAAGGCGAGUUUCCUAUAAAGCGUAUAGCCUCACUUCAUUUACUGAUGCAUUUGCAUGA